AUGAAGCUCUUCACUGCUCUCCUGUGCCUGCUGCUUGUGGAUGCUACCUUUAUCACCCAGAUGCUUGCUCAGCCAAAUGGGAUCAAUACCUCAACCACUUGCUGCUACAAAUUCGUCAAAAAGAUUAUCCCCAAACAGAGGCUGGAUAGCUACAUGAGGAUCACCAGCAGCCUGUGUCCCAGAGAAGCUGUGAUCUUCAAGACCAUAAAGGACAAGGAGAUCUGUGCUGAUGCCACGCAGAAGUGGGUUCAGGAGCUAAUGAAAUACCUGGAUGAGAAGAAACUUCAAAGACCAAAGAUUUGA